AUGAUCGAGCAGCUGAAGCGGAAGGGCCCCCCACGCUGCUCGUCCCUGCAGGCCCCCAUCAUGCUGCUCUCCGGGCACGAAGGAGAGGUGUACUGCUGCAAGUUCCACCCCAACGGCAACACCCUCGCCUCUGCCGGCUUCGACAGGCUCAUCCUGCUGUGGAACGUCUACGGGGACUGCGAUAACUACGCCACGCUGAAGGGACACAGCGGGGCGGUGAUGGAGCUGCACUACAACACCGACGGCAGCAUGCUCUUCUCCGCGUCCACAGACAAAACCGUGGCGGUGUGGGACAGUGAGACUGGGGAGAGAGUGAAGAGGCUGAAGGGCCACACCUCCUUCGUGAACUCCUGUUACCCAGCCAGGAGAGGGCCCCAGCUGGUCUGCACCGGCAGCGACGACGGGACCGUGAAGCUGUGGGACAUCAGGAAGAAAGCUGCUGUCCAGACCUUCCAGAACACGUACCAGGUCUUGGCUGUGACUUUCAACGACACCAGUGACCAGAUCAUCUCUGGAGGCAUCGACAACGACAUUAAGGUGUGGGACCUGCGCCAGAACAAGCUCACCUACACCAUGCGGGGCCACGCCGACUCGGUGACGGGCCUCAGCCUCAGCUCAGAAGGCUCCUACCUGCUCUCCAACGCGAUGGACAACACAGUUCGCAUCUGGGAUGUGCGACCGUUUGCCCCCAAAGAGAGAUGUGUAAAGAUUUUCCAGGGGAACGUCCAUAAUUUUGAGAAGAAUCUUCUGAGGUGCUCUUGGUCCCCGGAUGGGAGUAAAAUCGCGGGGGGAUCGGCCGACAGGUUUGUCUACGUGUGGGACACCACCUCCAGGAGGAUUUUGUACAAGCUGCCAGGCCACGCUGGGUCGGUGAACGAACUGGCUUUCCAUCCUGAGGAACCCAUUAUCCUCUCCGCGUCCAGCGACAAAAGACUGUACAUGGGGGAGAUCCAGUGAAGCCGACGAGGAAAUGGUGGGAUUCCUGCCCUGGCAAAAUCCUCAGUUUGCAGAAUCUGGUCUGACUUGUUCCUCAGCGGUGCCAGCCCCACACUGGGGAAGCCUUGAAGCAGGGGGCCGAGCCCAGCCGCCCUCCCGCAGGCUGCGACGCCUGCGCCCUCUCACUCUGUAGCUUUUCCCUGCCCACCCCCCCCUUUCUCUGGGGAGGAAGGAAAAUUUGGAAUUGGAAAGAUUUGAAUUUUGGCUGUGCCGCCGAUUACUAAACCCUUGCCCGGAUCGCUUGAAAUUGGUAACAUUUGUCAAAAUUCCACAUGUGACUUGUAUAUUCCCCGUCGAGUUUCUCUGGUUGGUUUUUUGUUGGUUUUUUUCUUUUUAUACGGUCAAAACAGAAAUAGAUAGCUUUUUACAAGAACUGUGUGGAUGGGAUUUAUUGUUCUGGUUUACUUUUCUAUGGUACAAUCCUAAAUCAAGGCCCUCGCUCGUACAGAACCCGGGGAAACCGUGACGUUCACUUCAGAAGAGCAGCUUUAUUUUUUAUUCAUGGCAAUAAAAAUGACCAACACUUGAAAUAA